GAGCCUUGCAAUCAUAUACGCGCGUGCACACGAGUGAAGUCGGUUAUUCUGUGGAGAAAGCGCGUGCCUUGCGGACAGGAGGCGGCUGUGUGACGAAGCGCACCACCGCGUCUAAUAAAACACCACGAAUUAAAAGUUCACAGACGAAUAAAGCAUCUCUGGUCAUACCCUAACACGAGGAACUGACCGGAGCUGCAGGCCUGUUUAUGUCUUCAAAUUUAAGUCUUAACGACAUCCAUGAGGACACUGAGCAUGGCUGUGUUCAAACAACAGAAAGUGGAGGAUUUUUAUGAAGUUGGAGAGGAGCUUGGAAGUGGGCAGUUUGCUAUAGUGAAGCGAUGUAAGGAAAAGAGCACAGGUCUAGAGUACGCAGCAAAGUUCAUAAAGAAGCGUCAAAGCAGAGCGAGCAGAAGAGGAGUGCGGCGAGAAGAAAUCGAAAGGGAAGUGAACAUUCUCCAGCAUCUCCAGCACCCUAACAUCAUCUCACUGCAUGACAUCUAUGAGAACCGCACAGACGUGGUGCUCAUACUGGAACUGGUAUCUGGAGGAGAGCUCUUUGACUUCCUGGCCCAAAAGGAAUCCCUGAGUGAAGAGGAGGCCACUGAGUUUCUGAAACAGAUUCUCAAUGGGGUCCACUACCUGCACUCCAAAAAAAUAGCACAUUUUGAUUUAAAGCCUGAGAACAUUAUGCUGCUAGACAAAAACAUCCCACUACCACGGAUCAAAAUUAUUGACUUUGGCUUGGCACAUAAAAUUGAAGAUGGAGUCGAAUUCAAAAAUAUUUUCGGGACACCGGAAUUUGUGGCUCCAGAGAUUGUCAACUAUGAGCCUCUGGGAUUACCAGCAGACAUGUGGAGUAUUGGUGUCAUCACAUACAUCCUAAUAAGCGGUGCAUCCCCAUUUCUGGGCGAGUCUAAACAGGAGACACUGGCGAACAUUUCCGCUGUGAGCUACGAAUUUGAUGAGGAAUUCUUCAGCAGCACUAGCGAGCUUGCUAAGAGCUUCAUAAGACAGCUUUUGACUAAAGACACAAGAAAGAGGCUUACAAUAGAAGGUGCUCUCAACCACCCCUGGAUAAAGCUGCACAGGACCCACCCUCACUCAGUCUCCCUUUGGUUCCUAUUUCUAAAGAACCAUGAACAUGUGGAAGACACCAGCUUAGUUCAGAGGAAAAGUGGACCAUGUCAGCUGAAGACCAAACGCCUGAAGGAGUACACCAUCCACUCCCACUGCAGCAUUCCACCCAAUAACACCUACAUAAACUUUGAGCGCUUUGCUCGUGUGAUGGAGGACAUCUCGCUCAUAGACAGCAACCUAGAGGAAGUGGCCCAGAAACGAGAGUCUCUUCAGGAGGAUGUUGAAGCUCUUCUUUCCAUCUAUAAUGAAAAAGAGGCCUGGUACAGAGAAGAGAGCUCGAGUGUAGGACAGGGCCUCUCGCAGCUCCGUUAUGAGUUCCGUAAGGCAGAGGCUCGGAGGAAGGAUCUUCAGCAGAACAUAAAGGCCACAGAAGCCAGUCUGGACAUCAUCAGUGCCCGCUACUUGGAAAGACAGGCCCAGUUAAACUCUCUUAGUGAGGAGCUGAACACAGAGCUGCGCUGGCUUCAGGAGCUGAUGAGUUCUUUAAAUGGAGAGGUGGAGAAUGGAGGACGUUGCUCCACUCCUGACCUCAACAACCAAGUGAAUGAGGCUCUGAAGGAGAUGUUGAGCAGCAGCUGUGGAGAAGAAUCACACUGCAGCAGCCAGACAAAUACCACAGAGUCAUUCUUUUAAAUACGUUCUCCUGAUGCAAUUAUUUUUAUAUUUUCUUACGGCAAUUCCUCCAAUUCAGAUAAAACAUAAUAAUAUAUGAAUAAUGUCCUGGGCAAUGCAUAACCUUUCCUUUGCACAUUUAGUAUGUUUUUAAGUCAAUUAAGUAGAUUCUUUUGUACAUAUAUGUAGAUCUAAAUGGAGUCUAAUCAUUUUUGUGUAAUAUUUCAGUUAGAAGUGAUACGGUGACGAUAUCCAUGCUGUCAAAUUGACAUUAAUACAGAUUUUAACUAUAAAGCUAGACUAUAUAGCUUGACUUUGUAUGAAUUUUUUUUUGUUUUAUUUUUCAAUGUCAGAAAGCUCCAUGGUGUGUAGAAAAAUGUGUAAAGUUUAGUCUAGUAAUAAUCUAGAAUUUCAGAACAAUGUUAAACUAAUACUGAGCGUGUAUCUCUCGGUAUAUUGAUAUAUGGUCCAUUGUCUAUAACUUUAAUAUGGCUAAUAAUAUAAUACAUAAUUUGUAGGCAACUUGCAGCAUUUUAAAGUAGUUUUAGUGUUUAUAAUCUUUCUACCAUAAUAUUUCUAUUAUUUGUAUAUGUAUACUUGUUUGGAUAUUCCUAGUUCAGCUAGCACAUGCAUUUUUAUUUUAAGAUAUUUUAUGUAUUUAUUUAUACAUCAAAUAAAGGAUUAGAAAAAAAAAAAGAGUCAUUUCCAUCAGGUUUAAUUCAUUUUUACCGUGAAAAAUUAAUACUGCAGUUUAUUUCAGUAGUGUUUUCAGUAUAAAGUUUUCUCUGCUGACACUGUUAUUAACUGUUAAAUGGAGUCUAAUCUCAGUUCUUCAUGUUAUAAACAACCCUAUUUCUUUAUUAUUUCUAAAUGUACAUUUAUGUUUUUUCCC